AUGUCGAAGCGAACGAGAAGAUUCACCACCAAAUCACAGAAAUCGGGAUAUCAACUCUUGAUACUCUUGAUCUCGUUGGCAUUCCCCCUGGGGAAUGUGGGAGAAAUUGGACCACGAAGAUACGCUCUCGCCAUUUCCGAAUUUCGGAAUACGCAAAUGUUGUCAACAAGGAAAGCUGCGGACAUUGUCGAUGGGUGCUUUCAGGCUCCCUACUCUGCCAAUACACCCCGACCCCCCAAAGAUAUAACUGACGCGGAAGGUAGCGAUUCCGAUGGAAAUGGGGAAGAUAUCUCUGAAAGUGUUCUUCAGCCACCACUUUUGGAGACUGAACCCUGCGGCGAUUCCAAACCCAUCCCAGAACAUAAAACCCGUCCACGCAACCUGAUAUUCGUAGGUCAUAACGCUGAUACGGAUCUAGGAUACCUCGGGAAACUAGGAUGUAAAGCCUUCACUAAGCCCCUUACCAUCACCUCACCUACCUCCUCUUCAAUUAACAAUAAGAAAGAAGCGAGCGAGCCAGCUGAAACUCCCAACUUCAUUGAUACCCUCGAUACCUCUGUCCUCUUCCGUGUCCUAAAACGCGAAACAGAAGCAACCUCCCUAGGCAAAAUCCUAGUCGAUCUCGGAAUUACAGGCUGGAAUCUGCAUAACGGUGGCAAUGACGCGCGCUACACAAUGGAAGCGAUGAUUGGCAUCACUUUUAAGUCUCGUCUGCUGCUCGAUAACCCUGCUGAGUAUAAGGACCAUAGAAAAAUGCCUACAACGAAUGAUUGGCCACUUGUGUCUGGGCUCAGGCCACGAGCGGGGCCGGGUGUGGAUGCGGGAAUUGACGGAGUAUCACGCCAGAGGAUGUUUGACUAUGAUGAAGAGAUGAGGAGGGCAGUGAAUGCGUAUGAUCGGAAGUGGAAGGCGGAGAUCGAAACAAGGGUUAAGGUGAGCGUGAAGGAUUUGGAGGCUAGAGUGCGGGACGAGUGUGCGAGUUGGGAUGUUGCGGUGGGGGCGAGCGGCGCGGACGGCUUGGAUGUGGAUGGAGGAGAAGGGAGAGGGUUGAAUUAUUGA